AUGGAACCAUUAAAAUCGGGUCGUUCUACCGUCGAUUAUUUCCCAACCGACGCCAAAAAUAAUAUUAAUUAUAAUACGCCGCGGCAACUUCGAUGGCUAAUAAUCGCCUAUAAUAACCCAUAUAACCUCGCCACCUAUAAGGUUUUAAAAGAAUUUAACUUCUAUUCUGCCUUUAUCGUUGGAUUCCAAUAUUAUAACCACGCCUUUUACCCGGCGUUCCUGUAA